AUGUCUCAGCAGAAACAUCAAUCUUGGGAGCCUUCAAAUGCUCUGAAAUGCUUCCCUGCUCAGGGCUCAAACCCCUGUGUGGCUCCCUGCUCUGCUCCCUGUGUGGCUGCCUGCUCUGCUCCGUGUGAUAGUCCUUGUGCAGGAUGCUGUCAUCUGAGUUCUCAAAAGCCGGGGACUCACAGCCCAGCUCGCCGUAAAAGGACUCGCAGAAAGUGCCGCUGCCUCAGGGGUGGCACCACCUAUCCCUGCAAAGAAGAGGAGUGUUAA